CGUGGACGGCGUGGGAAACGUGGGGAAAUGUCACAUCGACCUUGGGAUUCUUGGGGGUCUUAUCUACGACUUCGAGGUGGACCAAGUUGGCGAGACGUGGUUAGUCCUCCACUGGAACAUCACGCCUUCAGACUAUCCCAUUAACUACUACGACCUCAGUAUCAAUGGAGUUCCCUCUCAACACAUUACUUGCCAUGAUUUGUAUUGCCGAGCCCUGGUGACUUACGUGGACCCGUGUUCAUUCCAAGCUUUCAACAUCACUCCUGUGUUCGAUUACCACGGGGUAGACGUUACUGGCUUAUCGGCCUAUACGGAUGCUGUUACUCUCGAUAAAGAGCCUGGGGUACCUUAUAACGGAACGGAGAUCGACGCAACAGAGACAAGCAUCACUAUUUCGUGGCAUCCACACCCCGACCACGUCCUCUGCAGCUACAUGUUCGAGGUGUGCUACUUCGAAGUGGGGACUGACCCGAGCGCCGGCCUCUGCGAGCGAACCUCGGACACCUUCUACACGAUGCAGGGCCUCGGCGAGUGCAAGGCUUAUAUUGCAGACGUGGCAGCUCUCUCGCCUUCGGGAAUGCAGAGUGCCAACCUUGAGUUCUAUGGUGUCACCCUCUGCGACGGUCUGCCCAGGGUAGGAGGAAGAGGAGGAGGAGGAGGAGCAGACUCAUCUCUCAGCUUCAUCCCUCAGCGCACGAGUGUGGCCCUAACAUGGCCCCAGACUGAUGCCACGAGUUUCCAGGUCUGCUAUUCCGAAGUAGGAUGGACUCGAGACCACCAAGCGUGCGAGAGAACUUCUAGCACAUCCUACGAAAUACUUGGACUCCAUCCUUGCCAGGCAUACGCUACGGAGGUCACUUCCUUAGAUCCUACGGGGAGAAAGAGGCGCCAGGAAAGGUCCUACGCGGUUACGCUGUGCUCUGGAAUGUCUUAAAAGCCUUUGGUUUCAUUCAUUUCCUCUUUGUGACGUUCACGAGUUGUGGAAUAUGCUUUCGCUUCUCUUGAUAUGCUUAGUAUAAUGUGUCUGUAUUUGUCUAUCUAUAGAGAACAUUGGGAAGUAGAUUGUUUAGGUAGAUAUGAAUUCAGCGACUGUUGAUCAAAUGGAAAUAGUUAUGUUGUGGCUUGCAAUGUAUUAAGACAUGUAUUCGAUGUGAUAUACGGCAGGAUUAAGGGUUAUUGUGUCUUAAUAAACAUCUUGAAUAUA